CUGUCUACUAUUAUUAAUACGAACUUUAAAAUAACGGACCUAUCAUCCACUUCCAUCCAUGUGUUUUAUUGUGUUUGUGUAGUGAAUAGUGAUAUUACCAAGUCAAAACAAGAUUUAGAUAAUCGGCAUAUCAUGUCUCAAAAAGAAAAUCAUCUCGAAUUAAAAAAAAAUACAUUCAAAACUAAACCUGCUCCGCAUUCAAUUUCUUCUGGACCUCGAUUACCUGUAGUGCCCAAAAAACCAAGUACAGUACCAAAGCCAUUCAAUUUAACUGUAAAACAUAAAAUUAAUAAUCCAACUCCUAAAAAAGAUAUACCCAGAUUUAAAGCUAAUCCUGUGCCCAUAAAAAUACUGGCGGCACCAGAGAUACCAGUAAAAUUUCUCCGUAAGACCCUACAGAGUAAACAGUUACCAAAACCACAAGUUCUAGCACCUUUUAAAUUAGCCACAGAAAUAAGAGCAGCUGAAAGGGCAAAAUUUGAUCGGAAAAUUAAAGAAAAAGAAAAUGCAUAUUUGGUAAACCAUCCAAUACCCAUUCCAACAUACAAACAAUUUGCUGUCAAACAUUCUGGAACAAUCCCUGAGCCACCUAAAAUCAUCAGAAAAUUGAAGGCAAAACAAACCCAGACUGAGCAGUAAAUCACAAAUUUUGUAUUUCUGAGCUUUGUUUUUUUAGUUUUCAUUUUAUUAUGUAGUUAUAAUAAGGAUGUAUCUGUGAUAAUUAAAAUUUAUAUAAUUAAUUAUGUAGUUCUAGCUAAAGAUCUAUUUUGUAUGAACUUUUGUAUUAUGUAGUUAUAAUAAGGAUGUAUCUGUGAUAAUUAAAAUUUAUAUAAAUAAUUAUGUAGUUCUAGCUAAAGAUCUAUUUUGUAUGAACUUUUGUAUUUCUGAGCUUUGUUUUUUUAUAUUUCAUUUUAUUAUUUUAUUAUUAUAAGGC